AGGUGACAUUUUUAGCUGAAAACCUGUGAUACUUUAGAAGGGUACUGUCACAGGCAGAAUGGGAGCUGCAGAAAAAAUCUGCUAGAAAAGCCCUCCUGCUCAGUCAUGAGGUGCAAAAAUGACCCCCUUGCUUUCUAAAUUCCUCACAGAGGAACCUGGUCUCAGCCCCAGAUCUGUCAACAGACAAAGGCAAAUCUAGAAGAUUUUAUAGAAGUGAACCUUUACACAAUUUUGUCCUUCAGGAUAAAGGAUUGCAAACCAAAUAUAUUCAUAUAAAUUUAUAUAAUUUAUUAUGAUAAUAACUAGACAAAAGUAUCUUAAUCAAAAUUGUUUGCUACACAAUAAAGGCACUAUAAAAACCAGCGCAGUGUAAUGCACUGUUCUGAACAAAGACUGAAGUGAUUAUAUUAAAACAAGCAAAAAAAUUAUUCUAUUAAUGUUAAUAUAACUUAGCCAAGCAAAAAAUAUUGGCAAAUAUUUGGGACUGGGUAGCUGGAGGCUGAGCCUGUGGGGCUGUUGGGUCACGGUUCCCUUCAGGCACAGGAGCUGGAGCUUCUCAGGCCUGAGUGUGUCAUUGUCCAUUGGCAGAAGCUGUGGGACAACGAGGUAAGUGAGCAAGAGCAGGUGCAGCUUCAACUCAUGUUGAACGGUGAGGUAAGAGAAGCAGGGAUGUGUGGCAGGUCUUGGAAGAAGCCAGUGUCUCUACUGGGACAUACUGGUUCUGGCAGCUGAGAUUGCUGCUGUCAGACAGCCGCUCUUUGCUCUCCCUGAUGGGGCAUGGGACGUGAAGGUAGCACACCUGAACUUCCACUCUGGCUGCUGUCAGCCCCACUGCUCCUCUCUGCCUGUCCCUUCCAUCAUUGACUGUGGCCAGGAGCCCCCUUCCAUGGCUUGCCAGCAGCCUGUACAGCAAAACCGCCCUGGUGGUGGCCUGGACUCUGCUGGAGAACCAUGGAGAGGGUAAGGUUCUGUACCAGGCACUGAACGUCACAUCUGGCCCUUCUCCAGCCUCACCCCAGCCUCUUAUUUUGCUUAUUUACCCACCAAUGAUCUCACCUGCUUCAGCUUCUAUCGAGGCUGCUGCAUAGGAGAAGGGCUUGAAGUGGAACAAGAUACUAGUAUUAAAUCUUCUAAUAUUUUUGUAAGGCUGCAGAUCUAUUCCUGUUCCCUGGGAGGGUAAAACAACAGUCUGGGAGGAAAAUGAAUGCCUCCAUGUCCAUCUGUAAGCUAAUGAUGCAUCAUGCAGGCAAUGCCAAUCCAGCCUCUUCUAAACAAGCAAAAAAGUAAAAUCAGGAGUGGAGGGCUGUAAACGUGGCAGGACUGGUCAGCUGCCUCUCCUUUUGCUCAGGCUUACAACUGCCAUUGCAAUUCAUCUUUGAAUUUGGCUGGAUGUCAUCUUUCUGCCCUGCAGCUCUGUAGCUCCUGUGACUAACACAGCCUGGAAAAUGAAGGCAGAGCCUGGAAACAGUGAAUGCAAACCCCACAUGGGCUUUGCCGGGUUGGUGCUCUCAGCCCCCGGUGAAUCGAGGGGGAGGUAAUGUCUGGGUUGCUGCCCUCUCUCCAGGGGUGGCUUACCCUUCCUCCCCCCGUCGUUUUCCUCCUCCCACGUUUGUGGCUCUGCCCGGUGAGAGCUGCUGGGAAAGCAACACAACGGGGCCCAUUCAGUUCUCACUUCUGCAAGGAGAGCAAACAGCAGUGCAGGAGCUCGGCAGCUGCCUGACAGGGUAUGGGACACUUUCCUCUCUUCAACACAUCUUGAAGUCCAGGUACUCCAAACUCUGGGUGUGUGAACCUCCAGGUGUGAGGGAGGGAGUGAUGCCAUGAUGGCUGGCAUGUGGCAGUGCUCCAGGCACAGCAUGGGGACUGAGUUUAGUGACAUGACAUUGGUGGCACUGGGCAAUGGGUGUGCAGGAAAGGGCUGCCCCUGUGUGUGUGUGUGGGCUGCAGCAGGACUAGAUCGGGUGACAGCAGGAGAGCAGUGUUGGUAUAUGGGACCACAGGGGACAACAAGCUACAGUGGGCAUGGGGCUGUGCACUACAGUGGCUCCACAAAUCUAAGCCUUGCAGACCCUACUGAGGCUGUCUCGGAGCCUAGCAGGAUGUAUUGGUCAUACCUGCAGCCUGCUGCCUCCCCUGUGUUUCUCCCUGCCUUGGCCUCUCUCUGAUACCUUCACCCCAGGGGCUCACUCCUGCCCAGCCAAAACCAACCUCUUCUUCCUGCAGCUAAACAGUGGAGUUCUAUUCCAGACACUGCUAUGAACAGCUUAGGAGGGAAGCAGGGAGCUUGCAGAGUGGGAAGCAGAUUACCAGGAUGGUGGAGACAUGGGACAUCUGCCACUUAAAGAAGGGUAGCAGCUCAGAAGCCUGUGUGAUCACAUUCUCUGGAUGGCUACAUCUGCUUGCCUGACAAAAAGAAUUGUAGGAGAGAUACUGAUAGCUUGCACAGACCAAGGCAAUCUUAAGUUAGUGAUAUUUGAAGAAAAUGCAGAGGUGGGGUGGGUGUCUGUUUCAAGCCAGCUCCUUGUGAGUGACCUGCUAGCUGUGACCUUCACUUUUCAGUCCCAAGAAUUCCUCCUCUCUUUUUUCCACUCUUCCUCAUUUAUAACUUGUGAAAUCAUAGUGUGAGAGCAAGAGAAAGUGAGACCUGACCCACUAGGUGACAGCAGCAGCCCUCUUGGCACGUGGGGUUCCAAGCAGGCCAUGCUGUUUGGGGAUGCAUGGGAACCUCGCCUCUCUCCUGGCCUUACAUCUGUCUCUCCCCAGCCACAGGUGCCCUGCAAUAUGGGGCCAUCCUGGGGGCUCCUCCUGCUCACAGCAGCCUUGGGGACAACGGCUGCUGCCCGCUGCCCUGCACGCUGUGUCUGCGAUAACCUCCGUGCCCAUGUCCUGUGUCUCAAUGGGAGCCUGACUGCCAUCCCUGACACCAUCCCAGAGCUCACCAGAAAACUAGACCUUCGGGGCAACAGUUUCAUGGUCAUCCCAGCGAGAGCCUUCCUUGCUACCCCCUACCUGACACACUUAGACCUGCAGCGUUGCAAGGUGGAGAGGCUGGAGGAAGGGGCUUUCCGGGGUCUGGGGAGGCUUGUCUACCUCAACCUGGCCUCCAACGGCAUAGCCAUCCUUUACCAGGAGUCCCUGGAUGGGCUCUUCUCCCUCCAGCAGCUCAUUCUGGAGGGGAAUCGCAUUGAGGAGAUACAGCCGGGUGCUUUCGGCCAUCUGGGGUCCCUCACUGUCCUCGACCUGAGGGCAAAUGCUUUGGUCUACCUCCCAGACAUGGUCUUCCAGGGUCUGCAGGCUCUUAGAUGGCUCCGGCUGUCUCACAAUGCCCUCCAUGUGCUGGGCAGUGAGGCCUUUGCUGCUCUGCCUGCCCUGCGCAGGCUGAGCCUGGACCACAAUGAGCUGCAGGCACUGCCUGGCGAGGCCCUGGCCAGGUUGGAUGGGGCUACCCGGCUAGACCUGGGCCACAACCCUAUCACCUACGUGGCCGAGGAAGCCCUGGCCAUGGCCUCGCUGAAGCACCUCUUCCUGGACCAUGCCUCCCUCCAGGAUGUGGCACCCGACGCCUUUGCCCGCAGUCCCCAGCUCCGUGUUCUGGACCUCCGGGAAAACCAGCUGGAGGGGCUGCCACCCCUGGCUGGGGCAGGGAGGCUGGUAAGGGUCAGCCUGGAAGGGAACCCUCUUCUCUGCUCCUGCCUCCUGCGCCCCUUCCACAAGUGGCUGGCAAAGGCACGAGUGCAGGCUGAGGGUGCCUGUGCUGCACCCCCUGCCCUCCGUGGCCGAUCCCUCAACUCCCUGAAGCCCCCUGAGAUGAGAUGCAGUCACCUCCGGCCACCCCCCAGCCCCACCACACCACCAGAGCAGCCAAGUUCAGCUGGCAGCAGGCAGUGUCCCCGGAGAUGUAUCUGCUCCCCUGAUUUCCAUCAUGGGUCCUGUGAGAAUAGGGACCUGCGGGAGAUCCCUCGGGACUUCCCUGAGGACACCCGCCUUCUGGACCUGCGCAGAAACCCCUUCAGGACAGUGCCACCAGAUGCCUUCCCUGGCCUCAAGGAGCUGGUGUCACUCCACCUGCAGAAGUGCAGCAUCAGGGUGCUGCACCCCGGGGCACUCCGGGGGCUGGAGAGCCUGGUCUACCUGUACCUCACCGACAACCACCUCUCCACCCUGGCGGCUGCUGCCUUUGAGGGGGCCCCGCAGCUGGCCUACCUCGACCUGGACCACAAUGCCUUCACCCGUGUGCCUGCAGGCACCUUCCAGCUCUUGCCCAACCUCAUCUCCCUUCAUCUGCAGCACAAUGCCAUCGAGGAACUGGUGGAGGGUGACCUGGCUGGUGCCAGGGGGCUCCGCUGGCUCUACCUAGCUGGGAAUGCCAUCAGGCACAUUGCCCCAACUGCCCUGGCUCCCACAAAGAUGCUGGAAAAGCUGCAGUUGGAGGGAAACCACUUGUCAGAGGUGCCCACAGCAGCCCUGCAGGGCCUGCCUGCCCUGAGUGAGCUGAAGCUGUCACGAAACCCCAUCAAGCACAUGGGGGACGGUGUCUUCCUGCCAGUGGCCUCCAGCCUGCAGCACCUCUACCUGGACAACAUGGGCCUGGAGUGGAUUUCCCCCCAUGCCUUCACUGGCCUCGGUCCCAAGAUCAGAAGCCUAUACCUGGAGAGCAACAAAAUGAGUAACAUACCCAACAUGAGCAACUUCACGGGGCUGGAGAUCCUCAACCUGCAGGAUGUGCCUUUCCACUGUGACUGCCAGCUCCUUCCACUGCACAGGUGGAUCAACAAACUCAACCUCUGCGUAGGGGCCACCUGUGGUUCCCCUGCAGAAGCCCAGGGGCUGAAGGUGAAGCUUUCCACCACCUUCCAAACUUGUCCUGGAUGGGGACAAGGCAAGGCUGGGGAAACCUAUCCUAACAAGACUAAGGCUGCAAGCAAGCCCAGCAAGAAAAAGAGAUUGGGAAAAUCUCCAGCCAGAGGCUUCAGUAAGAGCAGAGCUUAGAGUUUCUUCAGGUGUGUAGGACAUGUGCUGGACACAACAGGGCCAUGCCUAUAGUCUGGCUAGAGCAGUUUUUCUAGACUUGCCCCCACCAUGGAGACAUGAAUAUUGUCCAAGGUGCACAGGAGAGCCUGGUGCCACCAAAACAAUGCUGACUUACCAAAGAUGCAGGGUUUGCUUCUGCGGGACACAAAGGCACAUCCCAAAGAGUCUGCAGCAUGCUUUGGUGAUGCAAAUAAUGAAGCCAAAUACUUGCUUCUUCUUUCCAAGGCUUCAUCCAGUCAUGUGGAAAAGCUGCUAUCCAGAAGUUUGGUUUUGUUUUUGAAAGUGCUUUCACAGCUGCCAAAAUCAUAGAAGAACCCAGAGUGGGACUUCAACCAGCACCAUCCAGUGAAGUCCUGCACUGGCACAAAUCUCAUGCUAGAAAGCUUAAAAAUUAUUAGUGAAAAUGUUGCCUUAAUUCCCAGAAGUUCCUCAGAAUUAAAACAUAUGCACAUGGAAGCCUUUUUAUUUCCUGCAAAAUUCAAUCAGUGAUCCUUAAGUACUAUCCCAUGACAAACAAUGUGCUCAACCUAUUCCCCGUGACUGCAUAGGUUGGGACCCCAGAAGUUUGCUUAAAUUGAAAAGGCUCUGAAAGAUAAAUGUACAGACAAAGAUAUGCUUUGACUAACAAAAAAUUUCGGAUUUUGGUGGCCUGGAAAGCAAUAUGCAAGCCUUGGGCCUCUUCUUGAUGUUGGUCACAGGGCUUUAAGUUACCAAUCAUAGACCAAAUUUACAGUACAACUGUUAAAAAAAUUAAAAACUCAAACCAUGCUCCAAGUCCUCUGCAAUUCUGGGUUCAAAAGCAAGAAAUUACAGAAGCAGACACAUAGUGCCUAUGAAUAUCUGGUUUUGAGGCCAGUGCCAUGGAGAAGGUUUUGGCUUUUGUGACAAUGGUGUGAGCUUUAAUGAUUGUAACAUAUUAGGGUGGGUGUACCUUAAUGAUUGUAACAUGUUAGAUGGAUGGGAUCCACCUGUCUAUAAAUGGUAAGAGAAUCUUUGGCAGCAGCCUGCCUAGUUUGGUGAGAUGGGCCUUAAACUAAAUAACUCAGUGUAGGUGAGUUCCAAAGUCCCAUGGCUUCCUCCUGGGGAGUAGAUCACACCAAUCAGUGUAGUGAAAGAUGUUCCCUGACUGUCCCUCAAGUAAGGGACACAAGUAAGCAUCAAAGAGGUACCACUGAAGGUGUUUAUGGUUGUGGGUGAAUCCUUCUAAAUUCCUUCCUGGGUAAUACAAUUUCUUGCUUAAACCAGAUGUGAGUGGGACAAUUUCAUGUUCUUCCCUGGCAAGCUGUAGGAUGGUAUGAAAAGGUUAGAGGGAUAGGGUGGUAGUGAGUCCCUCUGCAGGUGACUUGAAGAGAUAGCAGACACAGGGGAGCACACUUAGAGCCUUACAGAGGUGAGCCAGGGACUUCUGAGGUAACAGAAGCCAGCAGGGAUACCAGCAGGGAAAUAAUCUCAAAGGAAUUAAGGGGUGCUCCUCUGGGAAGGUGCCUUUACACCAAAGCACACAGAAUGGGCAACAAACCAAAGGAGGGGCUGGAUGCCACCACGCUGCUGGAAAGUUAUGACCUUGUUGCCAUUACUGAAACUUGGUGGGACAAACUGUGUGACUGGAGUGUGACUG